AGUGGCCUGCCAUCGUCAUCUUAUCUUAUCACAAGUACCGUCGUGAUGUAUCGGACAAGGGCGGAUCUCACCUGAAGCAAUUAGGCAUCCACACACGCCAUACCGAACCAGCUAGAUUUAGUUAUUUGUUUGGAUUGACCGUAGGAAGUUGUUUGCGGUGUGUGAUAUGACUAUUCGGUGGCGCUAUGGCUUAUAUUUGGCAUUGUUUACAGCCGCUCAGGUGACUGUGGGAACUGCCACCUCCGCCGUACCCGAAACGCGUCGUGAACUAGAUUCAGAGUGGAUUCAAAUACCGACGGCUUCCGGUGAGAUGAUUUGGAUCCCACGACGUGCGGUGGAAAUGCAGGCUCGCUUCAGGCCAGCAUUUGCUGAAGAGGACGUGGAGUUUGUGUUCUAUUCACGAAGCCUGAGUUCCGACGGACAAACGUUUAGGUUGAGUUCUCUUGAAGAACUAGAUGAGGAGGUGUUUCUAAGUUCGCGACCUACACGAGUUGUGAUUCAUGGUUGGCUCAACAACCGGAACUCACCGAUGAGUGUGAACAUUCGUGAUGCCUAUCUGAUCGGUUGGGACUUGAAUGUGAUUGUAGUUGAUUGGUCGAAAUGUGCCAAUUGGUUGAACUAUAUUAGUGUUACCUCUUGCGUCAGAGUGGUUGGUAAUGCACUAUCUAAAUUGCUGGAUAAUUUACAGAACUCCAGAGGACUGUCACUGAACGAUGUUUACCUGAUCGGUCAUAGCCUAGGAGCUCAUGCAGCCGGAAUAGCUGGGAAAUCCUGUCGAGAUAUUUCUACUAUUAUUGCUUUGGAUCCGGCUCUUCCACUGUUUUCGAUUCAUAACCCGGAAAACCGAGUGGAUGUUGAGGAUGCAGAGUAUGUGGAAGUUAUUCAUACCAGUGGAGGUUUGCUGGGUUUCUUGGAACCGGUCGGUACGGCGGACUACUAUCCUAAUGGAGGCCAGAAACAACCGGGCUGUGGACUAAAUUUGGCAGGAAUUUGUGCUCACUCUCGUGCUUGGCAGCUGUUCGUAGAAACCCUAAUGGAACCGGAAGAAAACUUGCUGGCUGAACCAAUCUACACCAUUCCACGUCUCCCGGUGGAGGAGAAAAGCGAUUCCGGAAGAAGAUCUAAAAUGGGAGGAGAACCAUCCAGCCAAGCAAACGGUUUGUUCUACAUCGACACGAACGAUCGGAGUCCAUAUUUUGGAACCAAUCAAAAGUCAAACGAAACGAAUUAAAAAAAAGCUAUAGCUCAUUUUCGGUCUAGUCUAUUACCUAUAGAUAAAUAGUGAGGUGUACAAAAUUUCGACAGAAUGGACGAUUCGGUUCGCUUAGCAGUUUCGAGACGGCUGCUGUGAGUGAUGUAGAAAAACAAAAUCGGUAACCAAUUCGAAAACCCCAAAGAGGAGACAGUAUGACGCCUAUUGUAUCUGCUUAGUAAACCAAGAAAAUUCCCACCAGCCAAGUGCUCCAUUUUAUGGCUUACCACCAGUAAAGCGGCGAUCAUAAAAACGAUAAAUGGUGAAUAAA